CUUCAUCUUGCCAGCUAAGCGUUCCACAUCUGAAAAUUCAAAAGAGAAAAACCCUUCGAAAAGCCACAAAACCAAUAUCUCUCUCGUAUUCUGCUUUUCCCCUUCUCUCUCCCAUUCUCAAUCUCAGAAACCCAAAAUGUUGUAAAACCUAACCUCUUUCAUUUCUGUAACAUUCUCGUCUCCCAUUUUCGUAACCUUUUCCCCAAAUUACUUGAUCCAGAAACCCUAAUUUCUGAAACGAAGAUCAGAUCCGGGGAAAAUUGGUAAUCAGAAUCAAUGGUGGGUGCAUCGAGCUCAUGGUCUCGCGCAUUGGUUCAGAUCUCACCCUCCACUUUCUCCGUCAUCGGUAUCGCCAUCGGCAUCGGCGUUUCCGUCUUGGGUGCCGCUUGGGAAAAUCAGCUAAUCAUGUGAGUGAAGUAGAGCUUGGAAGGGCUACUUGGACUUUUCUCCAUACUCUUGCAGCUCAGAUAGAAAAAGCCAAUCCUGUACAAGCUGGAUCUCAAGCUGAGUUCUCACAGUGGCUAUGUCACGUGCACAAUGUCGUUAACAGAAGCCUUAAUAAACCAAUAUUUCCUUGUAAGAGAGUUGAUGCAAGGUGGGGCAAGCUGAAAUGCGAGCUGCGUGCAUGUUAUCUGCAAGGAACUCCAGAUUUUGGUGAAGGAUGACAUUAACAUAAUUACCAUAAACCAUCAACUGAUGUUAUUGUUUGAUUUUCAGUGUUACUAUUGCAAAUAAUAAGAGUCAUAUGAAAUUAAUUAAUAUAGGAAAUCAUUUGAAUGUCUUGUAUAACUCUCUUUGGUAUUGUAUAAAACAAAAUCAGUUUCCCUUAA